GUAGGAUGGGCAACACAAACCAAUUAUUUUAUAUAAAAGACUGUCCAUGACGGGACAAUUUAAUUUGUCAUACUUGUUUUUUUUUCUCUUCUCAACACUACUGCGAUUUCUUGUCAUAUUGAGACCAUCCCUACUUUUUAUAUUUUUUAUUCCAGGCGAUCAAAGAUAUCUCACAUCUUGCUUUCUCCCUCUCUCCAUUGACAAUCCCUCAAUUCCAAUUUUACCUGUCGGUCUGUCUCUGUUUGCCUUAGGAGAAACUUGCACCUGUAUUCAUAUAUAAGCGCGCCAUUGCCGUCAUCUAAUUUCUUCAGUAUAUUUUUUUCCAACCCUAAAAGAAUUCUCACUGUUCCAUUUUUUAAUUUUAAUUUUACUAUUAUCGCAGUUCGGCUCGCACGAUAAAAAAAAUCCAGAAUGAACAGCAUUAAUACCGCCAUUCAAACCGAUGUCGUCGCGCACAUGCAUGGCGCAAAGUUCAAGCCCUCAGCUAGCGAGCCAUUGUCACAUAAACCCACGAAUGGGCGGCUCAACAGGUUUGCCAGUACCCAACUAGCACCGCUGGAUAUCAGCAAGGCAUCGUACGCCCACAACUGCCCCAAAGUGGACCUGCUGACACCAGACGAAGCCCAUCCGUCAUCAAUCGCCCAAUUCCCCCUCCACUCACCUGUAAAUGCCAACCACCCCAACUACCCAGCGCCGUCUUCUCCAACAUACCUAAACACCAGCAUUACUUUUUGCCCCAGCAUCCUGACCCCAGACAUCCUGGAGGACGAGGAUGGCGACGUGUUCACACCAUACAUCAUGGACAGGAUCGAACCCAAGGCGCGCGAGCUGCAGCGCUCAUCCCGGUUCUCGCUACUCAGACGCCAGCGCAACUCACCCAAAAUGGUCUCAUCCUCGGUGACGCCCGACGGAAUGGUGACGCCGGGAUCGACAUCGGCCUCCAGCAGCUCUUCGGAGUCCGGCCACAAGCAGGAGGCGGGCUCGACAUUGCGCCUCAAGCGCUCGCUAUCCGCGCUCCUGCACCGGUCGACCAGCAUGAUACGAAGGAGCAAAUCAAACAUUUUCCGCAAAAAUCACACGGGUGGCAGCGCCAAUGACAGCUGGGAGCGGGCGCACACUGAUGAGGAGAAGUCACAGUGCAACCAGGGACUGAGCAGCCAUAUGAGCCUGUCCUCUACUGUGUUGACGCCGGAAUUUUCCACUGAGAAAAAGAGAUUCGCUUGUGCAUUUUCUGUCUCGCACUUCAACGUGGCCAUAUCCAACACCAUGGUGUCGCCGCUGAUUGGCAAAUCCAUGAUCCACAUCAAGGUUAUCAUGGACGCUGAAACCAUCAUUGUCAUGUCCAUGGUGCGCACCAUUGUGUUUGCUCUUGCUCGGGAGCGCAUUCUGACAAAGCUGUUCCAGGGGGGCGUUCCAUUUGUUGUGACCAAGCGGCGCAAGCUGAUUCUACGCAAUCCUGAUUGCGGCAAGUGCGUUGCUGUUGUUGGUGACAAUCAGACUUGGCGGAACGUCUUGGAUACCGCUGGAUACAGCUCGUGGCUCUGUGGCGACGACACUGCCACGAGCACACCUAGAUUGAACGAGAUGUCCGAUGGUGGCGAUGCCAUUGUGGGUUCUGGCGUCAAAACUGUGAUGAAGCUGACCCUCCAUCUAGUCGACCCCAGCGAAGUACCAGUCGCUUGAUUUAUAUCCAGCAGCAGUUGGGCAUUGCAAGCUGCGCCCGAUUAUUUUUUAUUUAACGCCGACACUUUUCCGGCCGGCCCAAAGAGAUAAAUAAAAAUGUUGUACUAUAGAAC